CGCUCGAGUUGAGCACCCCUGUGACACAUGUUUCGCACAUUUCGUACCGUACAUUGAGCAGUGACACGUCUGUUUACCUCCUUUAUCUUAUUAAUUGUUUUAUCAUAACGCUAGUCAUUGUGUUACGCGGCGAGUAAUUGAAUUGAUCAUUGAGAAAAACACCGCGUCGUGGGAGGCGGUAAUUAACCUCUUCUUGUCAUUUUGUAUUGCCGCUCUCGCAAUACUCGAGAAUCGCUGAAAAUCGUCUUUACAUGGAAAAUUUGCAAAAUUACAAAUUUGCAACAUCACGUUUCCUGCUAACGAAGUUUAUUUGUAAACCAACAUUACGUUGAAACUCCAGUUGCAGAUCAUUCUGCAUAUAUUAUACGCUAAUCCAUUCCGGAAGAAACCUAACCUAUAAGCAUAUUAUAUUCUUCAAUGAGGUUGUGAGCGUUUACGUUGAUGCUGUACAGAUUGAGAAGAAUAUUUCUCCUGACGCAUCUGUCUAUAAUUUUUUGAGGAUUCUGUAAUAAAUUUUUACAAUAAACACCGCCGUGAGCAAACAUGCCUACUUGGAAUCAGAUUCAGGCGCAGUUACGGAACCCUAAUAAUCCGGUCGUGUUUUUCGACGUAUCGGUAGGCACCACAGAAAUAGGUCGCAUGAUCUUCGAGCUGUUCGAGGAUGUUUGUCCGAAGACAUCGGAAAACUUCCGACAGUUUUGCACUGGAGAAUACAGGAAGGAUGGCGUUCCAUUGGGAUUCAAAGGUGCUAUCUUCCACAGAGUGAUCAAGGAUUUCAUGAUACAAGGAGGCGAUUUCGUUAAUGGUGACGGCACUGGGGUGCUGAGUAUUUAUAGUGGUGGAACGUUCCCAGAUGAGAACUUUACGUUGAAACAUGACUCUCCUGGUCUAUUGUCCAUGGCGAACAGUGGCAAAGACACCAAUGGAUGUCAGUUCUUUAUUACAUGCGCAAAGUGUAAUUUUUUGGACGGCAAACAUGUUGUCUUUGGUAGAGUUAUCGAUGGUCUCCUUGUCAUGAGGAAAGUGGAAAAUGUUCCUACUGGACCGAACAAUAAGCCAAAGAUCCCUGUGACAAUAUCUCAAUGUGGACAGAUGUAACAACAAUAAUGUUUAUUUAAAUCUAUGAAGUGAUGAUUAUAUAAGAUUAUGAUAUGUAUCUACAUCUA